AUGGACGCCUAUUUUCCCGAGUUCAUGAAGGAAUACAAGAAGUUGCUGGACCCCCGCAAGCUUUGGGAUAUAGCCCGGAUCGUCAUCCUAUAUGUCCACGGCGGGAUCUACCUCGACCACGACAUUGAGUGCCAGCCCGGCGUGUCGUUCUCCGCGCCGGGCUGGGCGGACAACGCCACGGAGCUGCUGCUGCCUAGAAACUAUUUCAUGGGGUCGGUGCCGGGCCAUCCGUUUUGGCGCGUGUACUGGAGAAACGUGAUGGAUCUCCUGCCCAAGCACAAGGAGGCCUCCCUGCCUCGGUCCGUGUUUUAUUACCACAUCAAAUGGCAUUGCCAUAAGCUCUCUGUUUGGACCACGGUGAAAAACUCGACGCUCAGCCAAAACGUUCCUCUCGAAAAAUUGACUUAG